GGUUGGGAUCUUAUCUGGAUAAAAGUGUAAAUCAGCAGCACUAACUGGUUUAGAGGCAGACGUAGGGAGGUCAUGGUGUUCACAUGAGCUCAGCAGUGAGUGGGAGGAUUCUGGAGCUAACGGGCCUCCCUUCUUCCUCCUCUAGUCCUGGUACACUUUCAUUUCUGUGUCCGACAUUUCGGUUCACACUUUUAGGAUGUGUUUUAGCUCACAUAUGAUCCCAAAACAGCAGCAGAGUACCAGGAUGGCCCACCACCGUCCACUGGAGGAGGCAGAUAGCAGGGCAAUCUGCUGCAGAGUAAACAGAACCAGAAAAGCUCUGGAAUGUCUCUGCAGUGGGAGCUGGAGGAUGAGGUCAGCCGGAGGCCAAGGCAGGUGGUAUACAUCAGGACGGAGGCUGACAUCUCAGCAUUAACUUAUCCAAACAAGAAGCAGGCGAUAAUGGACAGUAAAGAGAUGGCAGCAAAUGAGAUUGAAUCCAACAACAGUCAAAGUCUGGAAACAUCCAAAGCUCCACUGUUUACCAGACGAGAUCCAUGCCUGAGAGGGAACAGGAGAACGUGGCUCUAACAUGUGUUUGGAUUGAAGUCCCGUGAUUGAUGCUGAGAUUCAUCCCCCAAAGAUCUGCUGCAGAGGACUGAGCUCAGGCAGAAACUAAACCACUGCAGCAUCAACAUAUCUACCUACAGACGGAAACAUUCUCUGAAAGCCUUUACAGGAUGUGAACCAGGAAACCGCUCUCACCUUAUAACAUCAAACAACAGACCAAGGAUCUGAUCACAAAGUUAGAAACAAAAUGGAGCAGCUAGCAGCGCUAAAGGGACUAAAGAUCUCCUUCAGUGUGAGUGUGGAGACCAAAACUGAGCUACGAUGGGCUAUUUUAGUGAAGAUACCAGAAACACCAGUCCAGAUGAAGCUGAAGUUCUCCUGUCUCCAGAACUGUCCUGCUGCCAAACUCUGCUCGGAUUCCUCCUCGUCCAGCGCACGACCUCACCUCGGCACAUCUUCUCUCCUCAAGCUCCGGCGCCACCAGGACUUCCACUGCAGCUUCAGACGCACUUGGGCUAAAUUUCACUCGACGAGGAAGAACCUGAUAGUUUGUUCAGCUUCAGCAGCUUCAGCAGCAGCUCAGACCGAAACCAUGAGCCUGAAGACGGACGCAGAACCGAACAACAACGUUUCCAUCGAGGAGGAGGUACGAACUCUGUUUGUCAGCGGCCUGCCGGUGGACAUCAAACCUCGAGAACUUUACCUGCUCUUCAGACCUUUUAAGGGUUAUGAAGGGUCACUGAUUAAGUUAACGUCCAAACAGCCUGUCGGGUUUGUAACCUUCGACAGUCGAUCUGGAGCUGAAGCUGCUAAAAAUGCACUGAAUGGAAUCCGUUUUGACCCCGAAAGCCCCCAGACCCUGCGCUUAGAGUUUGCUAAAGCCAACACGAAGAUGGCAAAGAGUAAGCUGAUGGCCACACCGAACCCCACAAAUAUCCACCCCGCUCUAGGAGCUCACUUCAUUGCACGGGACCCAUAUGACCUGACGGGGGCAGCACUGAUCCCAGCGUCCCCGGAUGCCUGGACCCCGUACCCCCUGUACACCACGGAGCUGACCCCCGGCCUGCCCCACGCUGCCUUCACCUACCCAGCAGCCGCCGCCGCUGCUGCCGCCCUCCACGCCCAGGUGAGGGACCAACCGAUGCGCUGGUACCCCACUCCCUCUGAGACUUCCCAGCCUGGAUGGAAGUCCCGGCAGUUUUGUUAGAUAUUUAGCCUCUGGAAACCACACCUUUGUCCAGCUGAAGUGAGGUUUGCCGAGCUCUUCGUUAAUUUAAUCAGGUUUAUUUAAUGGACAGAUGUGCAUUAUUAUAAACAAUCAGUAUUUAUAUCUCCUCCCGAUUGUCUCUGGGGGAGUCUGAGUUAAACCCAUCUUGCUGUCGACAAUCUAAGCUCAUCCUUGGCAACUAUCGCGGUACCAUCUUAGCACUUCAAAAUGAAAGCCUCAUGCAAAACCCGUUCAAACUCCAUGGAUCAUACUUGCU